AUGGCUCGUAGAAGCAAUAGUCCGCUUUCCGCGCCGCUCUUCGCACUGCUACUGUUCUCGUCCUUCGUUCAGCUGUCCCUCGCCGUCACUUGCGACUCGGAUCAAAACAUGUGGUACUGCGCGUCGGGCGACGAGUGCGUGAGCGGCGACCAGCUGUGCGACGGCACGGCGGAUUGCGGCGACGAGAGCGACGAGCUUCCGUGGGAAUGCGGGGGGUUCGAGGAUGGCUGCACUGACGGGAUGAUGCCCUGUCCUCUCACAUCCAUCGCCGACGCGCCUUGGUGCUUCGAUCCCGCAACAGCGUGUGACGGCAAUCAAGACUGCCCCUACGGCGCUGACGAGUGGCCGGGCUUCUGUCUCGACCUGAAAAGUUCCUUCGACUGCCCGUUGUCUCCGAAGCAAGUGCUCUGCCCCGGGAAACAAGCCUGCGUGUCAGGUAUGGUAUGCGACGGCAUGGCGAACUGCGCUGCGGUGGCAGCGGAAGGGGGAGGAACGGUCGUUCCGGAUGAGGAUAAGGAUUACUGCUCGGUGUACGGGUGUCCAGAGGGGUACUGGAAGUGUUCCAACGAGGUGCAGUGCAUAGAUGAAACGCUCAAGUGUAACGGCAAGGCGGAUUGCAAGGACGGGAGCGAUGAGAAGGGCUGUAGUGUCUCGUCCGGGAGUGGUGGCAGUGGCAGUACGACUCCCCCUCCAGGUGUAACGACUCCCCCUCCAGUUGUAACGAAUCCCCCUCCAGUUGUAACGACCCCUCCUAAAGAUGCGACUGGUGGAGGGGCUACAGGGGGGACGUCAGACGGGACAUCUGGAGAUGAAACGAGUGGAGACGGGUCGGGAGAUGAAACUGGAGAUGAAACCAGCGGGGACGGUGGGGAAGAGGGAACGGGGGAUGAAACGGGUGGAGAUGAAACUGAGGGUGGUGAUGGUGCUGCUGACGGAACGGGGGGAGAUGAAACUGACUCGAGUGGUACGGCGGACGAAGCGGAAGGGGGGAAUACAGUUGGUGCUGGAGAGGGAGGACAAGGGGGAACGGGGGGGGGAGCGGGCGGAGGGGGAGCGGGAGGAAAAGGCCAAGGGAAAGGAUCAGACAAGGCGCCACCAUCUCAAGACCACCCUAAGAAGAUACUACCUGUCAUCCCUCCUGUCCCAGGGUCAGUUGGAAAGGCCCUUGGAGAUGCGAGCAGCACUGUCAGCAAUGCAGCCCAAGGUGCAGCAAAGAAGAUCGGAGAGGUUACAGCAGGAAUGAAGAAGCUUAUAACAGAGCGCAACGCGAAGAAACCCAAGCAGGCAGGUUCAGGAUCGGGUGGGAAUGCUGGGACCGGAGCAGGCGGUGCUGCAGGUGAUUCUAAAGGUGGAAACGCAGGUGGGGCUGGUACUGACCCGGCACACACCACACCUGAAUCUAGCUCUACUCCCAAAACCCCCAGUGCGACUGGAGGAACAGGAGGCAGCAGCAGCAGUGGCACUGUGAAGGCUCCACUGGUGGGGGGUUUGGUGGGGGAGGUGGUAUCUAAGGCAGGAAAACGGUUAGAUGCGCUGAGGAAUGUGGUGAAUGCAGCAAGUAAGGAAGGGGUGGGGCUGGGGAGGAAGGGGAAGUCAGGUGGUGGGGGGUCGGCAAGAGGAGGGGUAAUGAAACCUGUUACCGGGGUUAAGGGGGCUAUCCAGGGUGCUGCUCAGGUGAAGAAACUGCAGCAGAAGGUUGCUGCUGGUUCAGGUGCUGCCUCAGGUGUCGUACUGAGUGGGAAGGGCAAGAUGAACACGCAGAAUAAGGAGAAGAAAGGAAAGAAGAUGGAUGUGAAGAAAGGGGGACAGAAGCAGAAGGCAAAGAACCACCAGAGGCUCGGGUCCCUGCCCGGCAUGCCCAUAACCAAAGCUGCAAGAACUUGGCCCGCGGCGCCGCCAGAAGUGCGCCUCUCAACCCGACAAGAGCAGUUCUCUCGACUCUCAGUGGUGGGCGAGCGCGCAGCAGCAGUGGCUGCAGCAGCAGGACCUUCCAGUCUCGUGCCGCGUUUGUGCCCUCCAGUGUUGCUCUUCUCUCUCUCCUGCCCUUCCUGCCCCUCUAACGAGUUGCUCGUCAAUGGCAGGGCGUGGCGUGCAACUCCAGUGGCUGAAGCAGCAGGACCUUUUGUGACCCCUCCUGCCUCUCCUGCCUCUCCUGCCUCUCCUGCCUCUCCUGCCUCUCCUGCCUCUCCUGCCUCUCCUGCCUCUCCUGCCUCUCCUGCCUCUCCUACCUCUCCUACCUCUCCUGCCUCUCCUGCCUCUCCUGCCUCUCCUGCCUCUCCUGCCUCUCCUGCCCCUCCUGCCUCUCCUGCCCCUCCUGCCUCUCCUGCACCUCCUGCCCCUCCUGCCCCUCCUGCCCCUUCUGCCCCUCUUACGAGUUUAUCGUCAAUGGCAGGGCGUGCAACUCCAGUUGCUGCAGCAGCAGGACCUCCCAGUCUCGUGCGCGUGCGCCCUCACACUCCCUCUCUCCGCCCAUGUCUCCCCCGCAUCCCCCCUCCCCGUGCAAUGGCAGGGCGUGCAACUCCAGUGGCUGCAGCAGCAGGACCUCCCAGUCUCAGUGCGCAACUGCAGUGGCUGAAGCAGCAGGACCUCCCAGUCUCGUGCGCUCAGAACGACAGCUCGUGGUACUGUGCAUCCUGGGACCAGUGCGUGAGCAGCGAUCAGUUGUGCGACGGACUGGCGGAUUGCAACGACGAGAGCGACGAGCUGCCGUGGGAGUGCGGGGGAUAUGAGGAGGGCUGCCCGCCUGACAUGAUCGCCUGUCCAGUCACAACCAUAUCGGACAAGCUAUGGUGCAUCGACCCAGCGGCAGCGUGUGACGGCUCAGCCGACUGCCCCUUUGGCGCCGACGAGUGGCCGGGCUUCUGUGUCAACUUCACCAGCAAAGCCACCUGCCCUAACUAUCCGAACCAAGUGCUCUGCCCCGACGACCAAACCUGCGGUUCAGGCAUGGUGUGCGAUGGCGUGGCCGAUUGUCCCUCGGUUUCCGGAGGAACGGGGAGCGGAGGAGGAGGAGGAGGAGGAGGAGGAGGAGGAGGAGGAGGAGGAGGAGGAGGAGGAGGAGGUGGUGGUGGUGGGUUGGGAGGAGGAGAGAGUGGAGGGUUGUUCCCUUCUGAUGAGGAUCAGGAUUUCUUAAGCAAGGCGAUUGGCAGCGCACAGGGUGCUGUUAACCAAGCAGCUAAUGGCGCAGCCAAGGCCAUUGGAGGGAUAGCGAAGAAGCUUAUAAAGGGGGGAAGUGCGAGAAAGAAGGUGAACCCGGGGAUUGUGCCAGGAGCAGGAAGCGCUGCAGCGAGCGGAGCAGCAGGAGCUACCUCGGGUGAUACCUCAGGUGAUGCUGCAGGUGAUUCGGCAGGUGGUAGCGCAGGUGACGGUGCCGGUGAUCCGUCAAACGAUGCCUCAGCUGAUGGUUCUGGUGAUGCCUCAGGUGAUUCUUCAGGGGGGAACAGCGGCACUGGUUCUGGCACAGGAACCUCCUUGGUUGGUGCUCAGAGUAGUCCGACAGGCAGCAGUGGUAGUAAGGGAGGUGGCUCUAAAUCAGGAACUGCUUUUACCACUCGCACUGUUGCAGAACCGAAUCUCACUCCUUCCGACCCCUCAGGGACGUCUGGGACAGGCGGGGGCAAGAGGGGAGGAAACGCAGUGGGGAGUGGACAGGACGGGGUUAGCAGCAAAUCAAGGAAGAGGAAGAACCGGGAAGGAUUCUGGGCGUGGGUGAAGAGGAAAGCGAAUGAAGCCAAGACGACGGUGCAGACUGCAGCGGAGAAAGGUAAGAAGCAAAGUGCUGCACAGUUGAAGCAGCUGCAGCAGAAUGGGGGGACGAAGAAAAUGCAAGGGAAGGCUGCAGCUCAGGCGAACCAGGUGCAAGCUAGGGUCGCACAGAAGAAGAAGCCGGGGCAGCAGAGCAGGAAGGUUCAGUCAAGGAAGGGCUAG